AAUAGGAAAAUAAAACAAAAUAAAAUGAAACUAAGGAACAGGCAAAACAGAACAUGAUAAGAUCUCCCGAUUUUAAGUUACGUCUGUCGUCUUAAGUAGUUAAUUAAGUUGGUUUUCAGCUCAUCUACUUCACCCACCUCUUCCUUUUCCUUCUCAAAAAUCCAUCCUUCUCCUUUCUUUUUUAUUCCUUCAUUUAAUUCCAUUCCCCCCACCCCCCCGGUCUGUUUCUGCAUAGCCGAUCUCGUGUGUUUUUAAUCCUUUGCAUUUUGUUCUUGCUCUCUUUAUUUGUCAUAGUCGAAGGCUAGAAGCCAUACCCAACUCUAUCAAACCCAAAGGAACUAGGAAGUUUGCUAAAGAUUUUCCCUUUUUGUUCACUCUAUUUGUCACCCCCUUAGAUCUUUCUCUUUUUGGUCAUAUUCACAUAAGUUUCAACUUUUUCCUCCGCAUAAUCCAUGGCAACCUGUUUCUUACAUACUCUCAAGACUCAACCUUUAUGGAUUCUUGUUCUUUUCACUUUGGGUUCUUUGUCACUCUUGAAAUCUUCAUUUGUUUUUCUCAAAUGGGUCUGGGUCAAUUUCCUUAGACCUGGUAAGAAUCUCAAGAAAUAUGGCUCCUGGGGUCUUGUAACAGGACCAACUGAUGGCAUAGGCAAAGGUUUUGCCUUUCAAUUAGCUAGGAAGGGGCUUAAUCUUGUCUUGGUGGGUCGUAAUCCUGAUAAACUCAAAGAUGUUGCUGAUUCAAUCUUGGCUAAGUACGGGAAAAUUCAGAUCAAGACAGUUGUUGUGGACUUCACUGGUGAUUUUGAUGAAGGUGUGAACAAUAUAAAAGAAGCUAUUGAAGGAUUGGAUGUUGGGGUUUUGAUUAAUAAUGUUGGGAUUUCAUAUCCAUAUGCAAGGUUUUUCCACGAGGUUGAUGAGGAGCUGUUGAGGAAUUUGAUUAAGGUUAAUGUUGAAGGUACUACUAAGGUUACUCAGGCUGUUUUGCCCGGGAUGGUGAAGAGAAAGAAGGGUGCAAUUGUGAAUAUUGGUUCUGGUGCUGCUAUUGUCAUCCCUUCUGAUCCACUUUAUGCUGUUUAUGCUGCUACUAAGGCGUAUAUUGAUCAAUUCUCAAGGUGCCUUUAUGUUGAAUACAGGAAUAGCGGAAUUGAUGUCCAGUGUCAGGUUCCAUUAUAUGUGGCAACCAAAAUGGCGUCAAUCAAAAGAUCCUCUUUCUUUGUUCCAUCAACAGAUGGUUAUGCUAGAGCAGCAAUGCGCUGGAUAGGCUACGAACCUCGUUGCACACCCUACUGGCCCCAUUCCAUCCUCUGGGGCUUGGCUUAUUCACUGCCGGAGAGUGUGGUUGAUGCAUGGCGUUUUCACUUUUGUCUUGGCAUUCGAAAGAGGGGGCAACUCAAAGAUUCUAGGAAGAAGGAAUAGAAAAACACAAUGCUGAGUUUUGAAAUUUAAUUAUAACCCUCUUGAUAAAUUUGUUUUUAAGCACCACUCCAUUAUGUAUUUAGGAUGCUUUGGAUGAAAGUACAGAAAUUGAACCUUUUCUUGUUUUUUUUUUUUUUUGCUUAUCCUUCCCUUGCAAACAAAUUCUGGCCCUGGACAUUUGGAGAACAAAAUCUAGGCCCAACUUAUCCUUACGGUAUUGGUCUAUCAUCUUUGUUGAAGCUGUAUUGACUUGAUUUCCACUGCAUGUUUAACUUUAGUUUCAACCCCGCUGAUCAUACCCAUUGUAACAUCUCAAUGACAGCAUCUGAUGCAGAAAAUC